AUGUCGAUGGCUGUGGGCUCAGCAGUUCCGCCUGUCCCAUUUCAAUGGCAGAAUGUCAAGCAUCUAAUCGCCUUCGGCGACUCCUACACCUACGUGCAAGGUGUCCAGGGUCAUCAGAACUACAGCUUCAUUGGUGAUUAUCUGCCAGGGAAUUUUGCUUACGAUGCAGAAACUCUCUUAUCGAACCAAAUCGUGCAAAACUUCACUGGAACGGCGGAGGGCGGGCCCAACUGGGUCGAGUAUCUUACGGGUUGCGGUCAGGAGCCCGGAUUGACGUCACCCCUGUCUUGUGACUUACAGCUUUGGGAUUUCGCAUUUGCGGGUGCAGAUGUCUCAACAGAGUUCACGCCGCUUCACCACAACUUUACCGUCCCGCUUGUCAACCAGACGCAGCAGUUCCUUACCUACGGGCAGCCAGUAUUUGAAAAUGAGCUGCAGGUCUCAGCCUCCGAGACUCUUGUCGCAAUCUGGAUCGGAAUCAAUGACAUUAAUGAUCUUUCUAAGACCUACUCGGGUGCCUACGACUUUCCUAGCACCUUCAACUCCAUCAUCUCCACCAUAUUUUCCCAAUCUGUCACACCUCUGUUUGAGGCGGGCUAUAACAAUUUCCUAUUCGUCAAUCUACCACCCCUGGAUCGGACACCUGGAAACGCAAAUAAAGCCAGUCCAUCGCCCAACGAGACAAUGAUAGGGUGGUGGGGUGACACUCUCCAGCAGUACAGCGAUGACUUUUCGAAGCAGAAUGCAGGAACCACGACGAUGGUAUUUGACGCGAAUACAUUUUUGAAUGGUGUUCUGGAUAAUGCGAGCGAGUACGGCAUCACAAAUACAACUGACUACUGUGCUGGGUAUUUGUACGCAGACGUCUUGACGGACUGGGAGAAAUACGGCUGCUCUGGUCCACUUGACACCUACUUUUGGUUCAAUAGCGGACACAUGACAAGUCGUGUUCAUGAGAUUCUAGCUCCAGAAGUGGCAAAAUUCUUGAGUGCCUAG